AGAAAAACAAGACAGCGACGUGUGUGUGUGUGUGUGUGUCGGUUCAAUACUAAACCAGGAUCAGUGUGAAACGUACUUUCGUGCAGUUAUUCACGUUUCCUUUAUCUUUGGAUCAUAUUUCCGUACACGCGAUGGGGACGAUCAUAAACUUUCUACUCUGCACUUUUGUUGUGGCUGUCGCUCAGGCUAAGCUCCGUUUGGAGGCGGACAGGCCCUUUUUGAGGGUGCAGGUCGGUCACACAGCUGAGCUGGAAUGCUGCUACAGAAACAGUAAUAAUCCAGUGAAAUGGAGCUGGAUCAAACGCGCUGCCAACGGAAGCCUCAGUGAGGCUCCAGAAUCGACCCCGGUGGCCUCCAGCAGAUCGUGCGGCACCUUGACCUUGGAGCUUGUCCAGCUGAAGGACUCUGGGUUCUACCAGUGUUCGCUGAAAAGCAACGACUGCGUGGUGAUGUCGCAUGGCACCUACCUGCAGGUCUACAAGCCGAUGGAGAAGAUAAUACAGCUCAGCGAAAGCACCAAAAACAAGAUCCUGACAGCUGAGGGAGUCUUGCUGCUGCUCUGCGUGAUUGUGCCUUCUGUCAACCUUCUCUGCCAGUCGAGGAGACUACAUGAACUGGAGAAGAAGAAAGCGAUGAAGGAAGAGGAAAACAUUUAUCAGGGGCUGAAUCUGGACGAAUGUUGGUCUGCAUAUGAUCAGAUUCAGCGCUGCGAGGCCAAUGGGCCGUAUGAGGAUGUGGGCAACCUUAGGGAGGAAGAGGAGGAGAUCCAGCUGGAGAAGCCCUGAAGGAAAGGCUGAAGAUUGAGAAAGGGAAGUGUUGUAUUUUUUGGGCUGCAGUGUGAAUGUGUGAUAUCCGAAUAAAACAUUUUCCAUUCAGUUUUGUCUGCGUUUACAGUUGCAGCAUCUGAUAACAUAGUGCUAUAUCUUGUACAAAUUAUAGCCAUUUAAUGAAAUAUGUUUUCUUUCUCCCGGUUCAAAUUAAGUAAAGACACACAGUCUAGAAAAUAAUAGUAUACAAUUAAUCUCCAAUCACAUGCCUAUCAUGUAGGGGCUUUUUUUUAGUUAUGCUUUUUUAGUUCAGCUUUCAACUUUUUUUUUCAUUAAAAGAAAAAUCUAUAUACAAUGUCUGUUUUGAUCUGACUGAAUGAUUUCUAAAUGUAAAUUUCUGUAAGUGCUCCAAGAUUAAAGAUACAUACAAAAAAAUA